UGGCUAGCUUUAGACCUGGAUGCUAAAUUCUCCACGUUCCCUACAUUAUUAUAAUAAUUGGAUGGAUACAUUCAUCAAUCGAGAAGAAGGAUCGUCUCUCUAUAUAUCCAUUGCUCCCGACUCGAGAUACUUGUAUCUACACACAACCAGAAAGGCACCAGCUUUUGCCUGAAAGAUGCCCCCGAUCCCUAGGCUAAAAAUGGCCGCUUCUCCGAGGCACAAAGCUUUCCAUUCUCUGCGCCUUCGCAGUUUCUCCAUGAAGCUCCCGCCUUCUCUCUCCAGCUCCUUGAAGAUGAAAGCCCUGCUCCAGACCCUCCUCGGUCACCUCCCGAGGCUUACGAUUGCGAAGCCCUCGCUGCUCGAGAUCUUCGCGAGGAAAGAGCUUUACCUGCACAUCAUGGUGAAGAUGCAAGCUUCGCUCUCCAAAGUCUUGAUCAAUAUCGACACCCUCAUGCGCGGUCUCGUCUUGCCGUACUUGAGGAUGGUCGUCCGCAGUCUCGUACCAAAGGCCAAGUCCUUCGCGGUCACGAUUGUGAAGGCUAAAAGACACCUCGUGGUUCGCCCCCUCGAGUUUCCUGGGCUCAAGCGCAACAGGAAGAAAAGCCUCUACGGCUAUGGCGGUUCGUACAGGUUCUACUUCAACUGGUCUUCGAGGUCGCAUGUCUUGCCCGUGCCGGCUCCUGUUCUUGCCGGCUGUUACUCGAGCGGGCGUUUCUACUGCAAUUCGGCAAGGAACAGUUCGAGGGCUUUGUACGAAGGUCUCCAUCAAUGCAAGGAAGAAAUUACCGGAGAGACAGAGUUGUCCAGGUACCUUCAGUGGUUGGAAGAUAAGCUUUUUGAAGAUUCUGGUCAUGGUAAUGAUAACAUCAGUAAUAAUAUUGACAAAAUAGCUGAGAUGUUCAUUGAGAUGGGCCACGAGAAGUUCAUCCUGGAGAAGCAGGAGUCUGACAGGAGUUUCCAAGAAAUGAUGGCUAGGAGCCUCUAGAUUGUCUUUGUAAAUCGAGGUCUGUAUUUUCUUUUUCUUUUUUUUUCUGGUGAGUUGGGUUUGGUAGAGAGAGGUUGUAUAUAUGUCAUGAUGCAAGUUUUAUAGCACAGGUUUGAUCCUGCGCAUAGACCGAUGUAUAGUUGGGGGCGUUACGUAAUU